UCAGUUAUAAUUCAACCGUGUUUGCAUACAGAUGCCAUUAUUUUUAAAAUUAUUAGAUUAUCUACAGUAAUUUAAAACAGACAAUUAUUAUAGAGAAAAAAAAUGUCAACUGAAAAGUUAACGGGUGCGGGUGCCACUGCCUCCACCGUCGCAGGAGAGGAUGGCCUAAGUGAAAUGGAAAUGCAAAAUAUAGAAUCGAACUUGGGUAAUAAAACGUCCAGUGACUCGAAAAUUUCGACUCGUAAUAGUUCCGAAAGAAGCCUCCCUUUGAGGAGUUACAGUAAAUGGGCACCAUCCGAACAGGGUGCAACUCUAGUUUGGCGUGAUCUCUGCGUUUACACAUCCUUGGAUGGUUCGGGCUUAAGUAAAAUGAAAAGGAUUAUCAAUAAUUCCACAGGAGCUGUUCAACCCGGAAAUCUAAUGGCUCUAAUGGGUUCAAGUGGAUCUGGAAAGACAACCCUUAUGUCAGCUUUAGCAUUUCGUCAGCCUGCCGGAACACUUAUCCAAGGUGAUAUAUUGAUCAAUGGCCGACGAAUAGGACCAUUUAUGCAUCGUUUAAGUGGAUAUGUCUACCAAGAUGAUUUAUUUAUUGGACAACUAACAGUCUUAGAACAUAUUAACUUUAUGGCCAAUUUGCGCUUGGAUCGUCGUGUAAGCAGAGCUGAACGAAGAAUUAUCAUAUCCGAAUUGCUAGAAAGAACUGGAUUGCUGGGCAGGGCAAAUACUCGCAUUGGAGGUGGAGACGAUGAUAAGGUCCUAUCCGGUGGUGAACGCAAGAGGCUUGCUUUUGCAGUAGAACUCCUCAAUGAUCCAUUGAUUCUAUUUUGUGAUGAGCCCACAACUGGCCUGGAUUCGUUUAGUGCCCAACAACUGGUGCAAACUCUCUAUGACCUGGCCAAGAAGGGCACCACAAUUAUUUGCACUAUUCAUCAGCCUUCGAGUCAGCUCUUCAAUAUGUUUAACAAUGUGCUGCUACUGGCAGAUGGUCGAGUAGCUUUUACUGGUUCUCCUGAAAAUGCCCUCGCAUUCUUUGCGGAAAACGGCUAUCAUUGCCCUGAAGCUUACAAUCCAGCAGACUUUCUGAUUGGAGUUCUAGCCACCGAUCCUGGUUAUGAGCAGGCCUCUCAAAGAUCAGCACAAUAUUUGUGUGAUCUAUUUGCAGUCAGUUCGGCAGCUAAGCAAAGAGACAUGUUGGUCAAUUUAGAAUUCCAUAUGGCUCAGAGUGGUGAUUUUCCAUUUGACACGGAGUUGGACACAUUCCGGGCACCAUUUUGGCUUAAUACAUUCUUUUGGGUAUGGCGUCGAGCUACGAUUGCAGCGUUCAGAGAUCCUUCGGUUCAGAUGUUGCGAUUUGUGCAGAAAAUGGCAAUAGCUAUAAUUAUUGGAGCUUGUUUUGCUGGCACUACUGAUAAAUCCCAGUUAGGUGUUCAAGCUGUUCAGGGAGCAUUGUUUGUUAUGAUUUCUGAGAAUACUUACCAUCCGAUGUAUUCGAUAUUGAAUGUUUUUCCUCAAGGGUUUCCGCUGUUUUUAAGGGAGACACGUUGCGGGAUGUAUUCGACCGCACAGUAUUACAUUGGGAAUAUAUUGGCUUUGCUUCCUGGAAUGAUUAUUGAACCUCUCCUGUUUGUUAUCAUCUGCUAUUGGAUCACAGGCCUUAGAGCUACUUACUAUGCAUUCGGUGUAACAGCUAUUUGCGUGGUUCUGGUUAUGAAUGUUGCCACAGCAUGUGGGUGCUUUUUCUCAACGGCUUUUAAUUCAGUUCCAUUAGCAAUGGCGUAUUUGGUUCCCUUGGAUUACAUCUUCAUGAUAACUUCAGGAAUUUUCAUUAAAAUUAGUACACUUCCUAUGGCAUUCUUUUGGACUCAGUACUUUUCUUGGAUGUUAUAUGCUAACGAGGCUAUGACUAUUGUACAGUGGACUGGUGUUCAAAAUAUAACUUGCUUUGAAGAAAGUGAUGAUUUGCCGUGUUUCCAUUCGGGAAAAGAUGUCCUUGACAAGUACAGUUUUAAUGAAUCAAAUCUGUAUCGGAAUCUUUUUGCAAUUUUAGCAAUCUACUUUGGAUUUCAUGCUUUGGGCUAUUAUUGUCUUUGGAGAAGGGCAAAGAAAAUAUAAAUUACUACCUGAGUUUUUUUUAAAUUCUAAAUGUAUUUGAAAUUUUAGUAAAAAAUUUAAGGCAAUGGGGCUCGAUUUAGUAAAUAAUAAACAACUUUUUGUAUUUUA